GUAUGAUGGAAGUAAAUUCGAAUAGUUUUAUUAGGAAGCGAAGUCUGGUAAUUAACAUUUUAUUCAGAUGUGAUUUGUGUGCUUACUGCAAAUAGCAGUCUUUAAGAAACACAUAAUUCCAUAUAAGUAAUAGAUUUUUUUAACACUCCUUAGUUUUGAAUGAGCUCGUUGUAAAUUAAUGCUCCGUCUGCGUGUUGAGCCACAAAUUGUAUGGGAUCUUAGCACUGAGAAAAAUAUUAGGCCUAUGUCUAACAAAAUUCAUGGCAAGAGGCUUUCGAAAAUAGACGUUUUCUCACAAAAGGCUUUUUUAAAUCUAAAAGGUCCUCCUUGCAUAAUGUAAAAUCCCUGGCACUUCACUAAUGGUAGAGUAAAUUUGGGCGUGUUGUUCUUGUGAGAAGCUGGUGGGGUUUCUGUAGCUGACUGACUCAUGUUUUUCCUGUUUUUUAUGAAUUGCAUCAUUGCCGAAUGAUGUAGGAAUAAUGCAAUAUAAAACCAACAGUAUAUUACCAAAGGUGCAGCCUGCUGUGGAGUAUAGAUUACCUUUUGGGGUGAUGAAAUCCUGAAAUCCGACUGCAUGAACGGUAAACGCACUUCAGCAAAAGUAAUUGUAGCCUUUCAAAAAAAAUAAAAAUCGUUGGUCAUUCGGGUUUGACUCUAGAGAGGGCAGAUGGACUGUGAUCGGUGGCUUCUUAAAUCUCAAUAUGACACACUAACACCAAAGAGGAAACCGAAGUACCAGUAUUUACAAAGAGGUAGUAUAUUCAACUUGGAUUGCCUAAGUUCAAAGGUACCUCACCUUGGAAAGGACAAGUUCAUACAAAUUAAAGCUGCUAUUUUCCUCUGCAGACGCCCGUGUUACAUCUACGCGGGCGUGUCGCCUCCCGUGUGCGGAUCUCGCCCCGAGUCGGCGGGGCAGAACCAGAUUCGGCUGAAAUCGCGGAGUUCAAACAUGGUUACAAAUGUAGCAUUUUGAUCGCGAAGCCAGUGAGUCGUUCACACCAUUCGCAGCAUGUGUUCUUCGACGUUUUGAAAGACUUUUUGAUUGAACAAAAGGACUGUAGGCGGUUGAGAAAUUGCUUCAAGGCGGGUCUCCGACUGUAGAGCUGCUUGCCCAUACAGUCUUAUUAUAUGAGUAGGCGGUACGAGAGACACUGGCAUCGUCUGUGCUGGGAGACUCGGGGAAAGUCCAGCUCGCUCCAAGCGGCGUGCAGAACCUGAUCUAUGAAGAUCGCGCUUGGGCUGAUCACGGAAGCGCUGCAGAUUUGCAGUUCAUGCAGUCAGAAGCAGGGCUGCCUGCGCAGACCGCCGGGUCGCCUCCGGAGGCUCCCGGAGCUGAGCAGGUGAGAGGUAAACGGCCGGCGGCGUCCGGGCGUCGAUGCGAGGUGGAUCUCCACGGCCGGGGGAUGAGAGAGGCUCCAGCCGCAGAAGAGGACGCCGUGACGAGGUCCGCAGAGUAUGUGGGUUCCUUUCAUGUGGAUGACCGUUGCCUAGACGACCAGAUCCAGCAGUUGGACAGACAGCUGGAGUCUCUAAAGACUUCCCGAAGGCAAAGGCUGGUCUCGCUGAAAUUCUCCAUCAAAGGGGUCAAGAUGUACGACGAGGAUGAAGCGACACUGUUAAUGGCUCACGCACUGCGCAGGGUGUCCCUGUCGAUGGCCCGGCCCUCCGAUGAGCAGUUCGCCUUCGUCUCGCACAACCCGGGCAGCCUAGAUGCGCAGCUCUACUGUCACCUGUUCAGGGCCAGGCAUGCCAGAGCAGCCCAGUUUCUGAAUCUGCUGAUGUGCCGCUGCUUCCAGUUAUCCUACAUCCAGCGGCACCCAGAGGAGGUUGAGGAAGAUGUGGUCAGCCCCCUGCCCACUCAUGCCCCUUACCUCCUCAACCAGGGCUUCCCCCUCAGUGUCAACGCCCUGGUGUCCUUCCGUCGGGCCCCCAUGCUCGGCCUUCUCUCUGGGGAAAAGUCCUCCUCCUUGACCAGUGAAGAGCAGCCAAGCAGCUCGGAGGAGGGCCAGAUCUCCUCCCCCACCCUGGUACGGAAGAAAGCCAUCCGCAACAAAGUGCUGCGCUCCGGAGCGUACCGCUCCUUUACCUGCACGCCCCACAGACAGCGCCACCUGCAGGACCAGCUGACCUCAUCGCAAGGAAAGACACAGAACGGCCUGGAAGCCUCGAGGGGCCGGUCGCCCAGCCUGGCAGAGACUGAGGAGGCUCUAGCAGAAGCUGUGUGGAGCUGGGCGGGCAUAUCAAGAGCUAGCAGCUCAUCUCUGCUGGAGGAGGACGUCCUGGGUGCCUUCCUCUUAUCUGCCUCAGCCGGGGAUUCCAACUGGGGGUCCGUUACCUUCCGGGGCCCCUCCGGUCUGGCCACCUACUCCAUCAGGAAGAGCCCUGAGAAUAUGUACAUGCUGGAGAACUGCAUGACGGAGUUCGACAGUAUUGCUGCCUUAAUAGAGCGCUACCACGAAGACGCAGGGGAGCUGGAGUACGCUCUGAGCUGUGCCCGCGUCAACCAUUGCUAUGAGUGGGACGAGAAACCAGGCGGGGCCCCGGCUUUCACCAUCCGCAAGGCCUCAGUGAACAUAUGAGGGGAUGGUGUAAAGGGACGCCCAGCUGUCAGCACUAACAUGGGUCACCAGGCUGGGGGGUGGCCGUCCCGCACCUCAGCCUAGGCUUGUGCCAAAGAGAGAAGACGGGAGUGAGGCCAAUGUGUGGAAGAUCAUAUGGAAAUAGUUGAAUUCACCGUACUUCCCUUUUCUUUUCACCGUCCAUCUCGUUUGCCUGCCUGACUGGUGGCCUAGAACCCGAGGAACAUUCUGGACUAGUACCCAAAGCGUAUGUACUUCAGAUGAACAAAUUAUCAACCUGUGAUGUAUGCUUGCUCUUCUGGGGAAAACAUUCUUGGUUCCCUUUGUCAUGCUUGCUCAUGUGUUUGCAUUUGAGAUGAAUAGAUACCUGAAGGCAAGUCUGAUCAAGAGCAGAUGACUCUCCUGAGUUUAUGCUGGUGGACAUAUUCCCUGAGGGGCUGGAAUGUUGUGGAGGUUAAUCUACGUACUGACCAUGGCCGGGUGAAUGUCAAUAGCAUGUAUGAAAGCACAACGUUAAUAUCAUUCAUGUCCAUCACCUCUCCAUGCUUCUUAUACCAUAGUUAACACUUUGGAAAAGUAAGACUGCACCUAGAGCUCUCCUGAAUACCACAGACAAAAAUCAGUGGAUGGACACCAUGAUCGUUUAUGUUUAUGGUCACCUGUAUAUAUCCCUUCACUUUUUUUGUCCGUUGUGUGAAGUCCAUAAUAAACUUGGAUUUUUGUGACAUUGAGGUAGUGUACACCAACUCAUAAAUUACAUUUAAAAUAUG